AUUGUCAUUAUGUCCUGCUGCUGAUUUAAACUAAGCCUCAUUUAUUUAUUUGUAUUUAUACUCUGCUGCCAUCCAUUACAUAAUGACACGCCUCUGCUCUCUGAUUGGCUGAGAGCCCUGUCAGUCAGUGACGUAGCGUGCAAUGAGAGCGCGCGUCAGGCGAUACAAACUGGCAGCCGCCAUGUUGUGUCUCCGGGGGCCCGGAGCGACGUCCGGUAGUAAACAGUAGAUGACGGUAGUUCCCAGGAAACGGAGCGCAGUUGGAAGCCAUGAGCCGUCCGUCCUCAGCCGGAGCCGCAGCCGGAGCCGGAGGACUCGGGGCCGGUAAGACAGGCGGAGGGAAGCACGGGGGGGUCGGAGGCUCCGCCGCCGCCGCCGUCGCUGCAGCAGCAGCAGCCGCGGCCGCAGCAGCGGCUGCUGCCGCCGGGGUGAGCUCCGUGUCCGGGUCGGGGUCUGCCGCCCCUUCCUCCGCCGUGUCCCUGAGCGGGGCCGGCCUGCCCGGGCAGCCCCCGGAGCUCACGGCGCUGUUCGAGUGUCCGGUAUGUUUCGACUACGUGCUGCCGCCCAUCCUGCAGUGUCAGGCGGGUCACCUGGUCUGUAACCUGUGCCGCCAGAAGCUGAGCUGCUGCCCGACCUGCCGAGGCCCGCUCACCCCGAGCAUCCGGAACCUGGCCAUGGAGAAGGUGGCGUCCACCCUGCCGUUCCCCUGCAAGUACUCGUCGGCCGGCUGUCUGUUGUCUCUGCACCACAGUGAGAAGCCCGAUCACGAGGAGGUGUGUGAGUUCAGGCCGUACACCUGUCCCUGUCCCGGGGCCACCUGCAAGUGGCACGGUUCCCUGGAGGCUGUGAUGCCUCACCUGAUGCACGCGCACAAGUCCAUCACCACACUGCAGGGGGAGGACAUUGUCUUCCUGGCGACGGACAUCAACCUGCCGGGUGCCGUGGACUGGGUGAUGAUGCAGUCGUGUUUCAGCCACCAUUUCAUGCUGGUUUUGGAGAAGCAGGAGAAGUACGAGGGCCACCAGCAGUUCUUUGCCGUAGUGCUGCUCAUUGGCACCCGUAAGCAGGCAGAGAACUUUGCCUACCGCCUGGAACUGAACGGCAACCGGCGGCGGCUCACCUGGGAGGCCACACCGCGCUCCAUCCAUGACGGGGUGGCGGCUGCCAUCAUGAACAGUGACUGCCUGGUGUUCGACACCUCCAUCGCCCAUCUGUUCGCUGACAACGGCAACCUGGGGAUCAACGUCACCAUCUCUAUGUGCUGAGGGGAGCGGUGAUGACGGCAGUUGCAUCACAACAGAGACACAAUGCAGGAGAAGAUAGGGAGGUGUUGAGUUCACUUCCUGUCUGUGGUUACAGGGACUCCAGUGGUGUUGGUGACAUAGCUGCAAAAUUUGAAGCAGCUUUAGUUGCUAAGAGGAAACAGGAGGGGGAGGAGGCAGGCGGCCGGCACCACCCUGUUUGAUCUGUGCAUUUGACGGAUUACGGGACAGAAUGGAUCGUCUGUUUGUCCCUCGAUUUGGUGCCAGAGACAUAAGUGGAAGAAAUCUAAAGCAUCAGGUUUCUAUCUUUAUCAAAUCAGUGAAAUAGAAGUCAAGUCUCUGACCGCUGUUCGUCCAGCUGGGACACCUGAGACUGAGCAGAAAGGAUUCUGGUCUUAUUAGAAGGAACAGACUUUACCGAAGCAGCACCAUGAGCCUUUGUCAGGAUAAUCAGAUUUCUUGUCACCCUGACGUGUUCACACUGAGUCUCUCUGAGUCUGAGAUACCUGAUGUGGUGACAGAAAAUAAAAACACAGGAAAUGAAAAAAAAAAAAAAAAAAAAAACGAAGCUCCAAAGACUCGUCUGCAGUGAAAGCAGAAUAAUGUGAAAAUAUUUGUUCAAAGCAGAGUGGAAGGUGUCCAGUGAGUGACAGCAUCCAGCAGCAUCCUGACCCUUCAGCUUGUCUCUGCAACAUUCUGACUCUGCAGCUCAUCUCUGCAGCGUUCUGACUCUGCUGCUCGUUUGUGCAGCGCUCUGACUCUGCAGCUCGUCUCUGCAGCGUUCUGACUCUGCAGCUCGUCUCUGCAGCGUUCUGACUCUGCUGCUCGUUUGUGCAGCGCUCUGACUCUGCAGCUCGUCUCUGCAGCGCUCUGACUCUGCAGCUCGUCUCUGCAGCGUUCUGACUCUGCUGCUCGUCUCUGCAGCGUUCUGACUCUAUAGCUCGUCUCUGCAGCGCUCUGACUCUAUAGCUCGUCUCUGCAGCGUUCUGACUCUGCAGCUCGUCUCUUGCAGUUUAAAGGUUGCCGUUGGACCUCUGUGGGAACAAGCUGAGCUGUGGAAUCCACUUUAAUCCUCAGACCGUCUUUAAUCUCAGAUAAAAGCAGUAAAAUGGAGGAAUAAUCCUCCGACCCCUCUUCCUGCAGUCUGUUCAUCUACCAGCGCCUUAACUCUACUACCGCCAGCCUCUUCUUCCUGUCCCUGCUCUUUCUGACCUGCGCAGGGAAAUCCAGCUGAAACUGAUACGAGAAAACUAUUUAUAAUAAACAGUGCGGAUCCACAGUGACACAAUGGACUGCGAUGGAUUAUUAUCUUUACCAACAUUCCUCGUCUUUGAACCUUCGUAGCAGCUGACCGGGAAGAAACCGACUUCACCAGAUACCUCUGUCAACAGACACGUCUGUAACUGAACCAUGAACCCUCAGACCUCACCGGUGUUUCCUCUGUGUUCGUUCACUGAAAAAAAAAAAAAGAAA